AUUUUAAUCUUAAGGUAUUAGAACAAGACAGAAUAUUAUGACUUGUGUUUUUUGGUCUUGGGAUUUUGUCUGAUAUGAUUUGCUGGUAUACUCGAACCACAUCUACUGAAUGAGCCAAUCACCAAUUUUCUCAAACACAAAAAACAAAACAGGUAAGUUUAAACUUCCCGGAUGAUGCAACAGAUGGAUGUAACACAGCACAAGGGCACUGGGGCAGGUGAUCAGUAUCCCUUGCUCACCUGUACUAAGUGUGCGUCUGACUAUUACUCUCAUCUGCGUGACUUCCCAGCAGCACAUCACAACAAUGUGUUUAUGAAGCAAGGAUUGGCAGCUUCUCUCUCUCAUCUUGAAAAUCACUACACGUAUAUCUAACCAUGACUCUGGGUUAGCAGCACCAGUUGGAGAAGAGAGUGUUGGUGGUGGUGAUGGCGGUGAUGGGGGCAGCGAGUAUCAGCGAGUCCUGCCAGUACUACUGUCUUACUCCUAAACCCAAUAGAACGUCCUACUGUUGUGGUCUGGCUGGGGUGGACUAUGGAAUUCCUAGCUACCACACCGGAAGUUGCCCUCCCAUACGCUCUCACUGUCCAAGAGGUACUAGCCAGGCCCCUGAAAUGUGCCCUCAUGAUGGAGCCUGUCCUCUAGAUAACAAGUGUUGCUGGGACACUUGUCUCAAAUUCCACACCUGUAAAGCCGCACUCAACACUACCCUGGAAUUUCCUGACAAACCCAGUUUCCCUGAUGUGUCGAUCCACGCCCGAGCAGAUGUUAACGAGUAAAACCACGCCCGAAGAGGUGAUCACAAGUGAGGCUGCGAUUCUUCCAUUCAGUGAUGUAAAAUAAAACAUGUACAGAAGAUACUUUAUGUUAUGCACAUAUGGUCUUAGAGUUAACUGAUACAUCAUAAACACAAUAAAAUACCCUUGACUAA